CUGAGUUCCUUAGUAUCUGGAUGGGUCAGCUUACAAUUUAUGGCAGAUUCCAAAAGCCUUCCCUUUAGAGUCGUCAACCUAUUUCCUCUUAUGGAAAUGCCUUGUGAAAGCUUUACUGUGGACACAGUUGAUGAUCCAUUAGGGGCAGAGCAAUUCAUUGCUUUGUGCUAACCUACUGAAAUCCUUCUAGUAGUGUGAAACAUUAAGUUAAAAUCCAGAGCGAUACCAACAGCCAAGAACGCACGAUUACCACUAGCUCCGCUUCACUGCGGCAUUUCGUCCAACAGCUCCAACGCAAAUGCAACUAGGAGUUUCAGGGAUUGGGUUGAACUGGUUGGUGAGGCUGUGUCGACUGCAUUUCCCGAUUUGGGUUGCUUUGGGGUGCCUGUUGGGGCUCCUCAAGCCGAGCUCCUUCAAUUGGGUCACACCCAACUACAACAUCUUAGGUUUAACACUGACCAUGCUCGGCAUGGGUAUGACCCUCACUUUUGCCGACCUUCGUGGUGCCUUGGCUAUGCCCAAGGAGUUGCUUGCUGGCUUUGUUCUUCAGUUCUCGGUGAUGCCUUUAUCAGUAUAUUUUGUGAGCAAGCUUUUGAAAUUGCCAUCGUAUUAUGCAGCUGGUUUGAUAUUGGUUGGUUGCUGCCCAGGUGGAACAGCAAGUAACAUUGUAACUUAUAUUGCACGUGGAAAUGUGGCACUUUCGGUUUUAAUGAGAGCGGCAAGCGCUUUAUCAGCCGUGGUUGGUAAACUGACGUCAAUUUCUUUUGAUAUUUUUUUGUUCUUUAAGUGGUGUACUGGUAUGGUCCAAAUUUUUGCACAUACAUUGAAAACUGGUUAGAAAGAUAAGUUUGAAUCAAAUUUUCUGCUAAAACUCCCGGAAAAAUUAAAUCCUGAUUAACUUUCUGUCGUGUCUAUUUCUUUUGCCUGUCAAAAGCUACGGGGAGCAUCAAACUAUCUCCCUUGGAAAUGUUGGAAAUUCAAAUAAAAACAGGUUGUAAAAGGUUGCUGCUAGUUGUUAGUUUCUUUACAGGUUGUAUCCACACAUGCUGCAACUACAAAGUUUAAAGUUUCCUCCAUGUGCUAGCUGAAAUGGUGAUGAAAGACAGCAAGUGUGCUGCCAUGUGAUGUGCUAGCAGGAAGACAGCAGUGUUUCUCCAUGUGUUAGCCGAAAGGAAGGUAUUAUAACCUGCCAUGAUGCAAUGCAUGUGUAUGCCAACUAUCAAAGUUGCUGCAUGUGUUUGAAAGGGUGUAAAGAUGUGGAACACCAUCAUUCAUUAUAUGUAUUGUUGGAUUGUUUAUUUUUUCUGUUUUUGUAUAAAUAGGCCAUCUUGCUAAGCCUUAGAUAACAUCAUCCAAAUACCAUUUCCAUUCUCAUUUUCAGCUUGUAAGCUUUAAGAGUUAUAAACUCUUCUAAUAUUUCAAAGUGUUUGUUAUCACCAAGCUUGCUACUUCUUUCAUAUAUCAAAGUCCAAGUGUUUUACCAAAGCUUGUUGCUUCCCUCCUUUCUCUAUUUCUUUGUCCAAUUUUAUUGAGAGUGAAAGUGAGAGGUGUGAUAGAGUUUGUAAACUUAUCACCCACAUAUUUUGGUAUUGAGUUAGUAAACUCUUGUGAAUACCAACAAUUGGUAUCAGAGCCAGAAUACCAUUCUGGCAAGUGCAGUAGCUAUGGCGUCCAAUUUAGUGCAACUCCAGGUUCCCACAUUGAAGAAAGAAAAUUAUGAAAGAUGGUGCAUCCAAUUCAAAGCAUUGUUUGGAUCACAGGAGCUAUGGGAAGUUGUCAGUAGUGGGUAUGUUGUACCCACUGCCGAGCAAGAAGCCGUAUAUACUGCGGAUCAAAGGAACACUCUCAAGGACUUACGAAAGAAGGACCAAAAGGCGCUGUAUCUUCUAUACCAGGGUUUGGAAGAUUCAAC